GUUAGGUGCUGUGCGGAGGGAGUGUGAACGACGGGAAUGUGGAGACACCGGCACGCAGAAAUAUUAUCCGUAUCGUGAGACACGAAACGGUUCGGUAAUCGGCUCAGUUAAAAGCGCAAAUCACACACAAUGGAUGAACUUGAUGACCGUGAUGGAAGUGCUGUGAAGUCUCCGAUCAGAAGACUGGGAUCCACUCGCAAGUUGCUGGUCCUUAAUAAAGGCGAUAAAUCCAGCGAACUGGCGGCUAGAGCACAAGAGGAAUGUUGCCGCAUGACUAAAGAUAUUCGAGCCCAGCUGUCAGAACAGCUGCGCUGUCUGGACUGCCGGUUGGAGUCUCAGGUGUCCCUGGUUGAAGAGCUAAAGGACUACUUCCGGCGUCGCGCUGAAGUGGAACUAGAUUACAGCAAGAACCUAGAGAAACUUGCUCGUACCCUGCAGAUGAGACACAAGGAACAGCGCCAAAAACGAGAACAAUGGCCACUCUUCUCUAGCUAUUCCUGUUGGCAGCAGCUUAUCACACAGACUAAGAAUCUGAGCAAAGACCAUGCAGUUCUGUCUGACAUAUACUCCACUCACGUUGUGGGCCGUUUCACGCAAGUUGCAGAGGAUGUACAACGCAUUUAUCGGAGGUGCCGGGAGAUUGGCUAUGAAACGCAUGAAGAGAUCUUGCGUGUACUUCACGAACUUCACACAACAAUGAAAACUUACCACAGCUAUCAGGCAGAGUGCCGGCAAGCUGAAACAAAACUCAGAGUUGCAGAAGCACAGCGAUUGAAGCUUGAACAAAGUCUGCCAAAGGACAAGCUUGACCGUUCCAAGAAGUAUCGCCUGAUUGAAAAAGAAGUACAAAAGCGCAAGAACAAGUACAAUGACGCCAAGCUGAAGGCACUUAAGGCCCGUAAUGAGUACGUGCUAUGCCUUGAAGCCUCUAACACUACUAUUCACAAGUAUUUUGUUGAUGAUCUCUCUGACCUAAUAGACUGCAUGGACUUUGGUUUCCACAACUGCAUUUCUCGAGCACUCUUAAUGCACGUGAGUGCAGAGGAAACAUGUGCACGUUCUCUGCAAGUGGGUCUAGACCAGAUGACAAGCUCUGUUGGUGCUCUCGACUCGCGACUUGAUAAGCAGAGGUUUCUUGAGGCUCAUCACUCAGCCUUCCUCAUCCCAAAGAAGUUUGAGUUCCAGGGUCAGCGAGAUGAGGGUGCUGACAGUGAGCUACAGAAGUCCCUCCGCGAUGAACUUGAUGCACGACUGCGACAGUUGCAGAAUCGUGUCACAUCCUUAAGGACUGAAUCUGAAGAAGUGUGGAAGACAUUAGAAACUGCAGAAUCUACUCUGCUGGAGAUGCUGGAUGCUCGUGACUAUGACUGUACCUCAUACUUCAACGAAUCCACUACCAGUGCUGCAGUCACAACAAGGCAGCCUGAAGCGCUGUCCCUUAAAUUACGUGCAGAUCGCCACGAGACUGAAGAGUUUUACAUGACGAAAUUCAGAGAGUACCUGAUGAGCACAUCUCGUAUUGCCCGAUUGGACGCAAAGCAGGAGUACCUGAGAGGCCUUUUGGAGAAGGAACGUUCGGGAGAUGGCUCUCCGACAUCCUUACGAUCAGGCACAGGGGCUGGCCCCCCUGGUUCAGGGAACGGAAAGCCGCCACGUCGAAAACGGAUAGGUCGGCCUCAGUUGGGUGGUCAUGGGCAACCAAAGUUAUUUGGAGGGAGCCUGGAAGAGUUUUUGGAAGCCACGGGUCAUGACAUUCCUUUGGUGUUGAAGAGCUGCAUAAGGGUUAUCAACUUGUAUGGUCUUCAUCAUCAGGGAAUAUUUAGAGUGUCUGGUUCCCAAGUGGAGAUAAACAAUUUCAGGGAUGCAUUUGAACGUGGAGAAGACCCACUGGCUGAUGUUACUGAUGCCUCGGAUAUAAAUUCAGUGGCAGGAGUGCUCAAACUAUACUUGAGAGAGCUUCGUGAACCUCUCUUUCCAAUAAUAUAUUUUGAGCAUUUCAUGGAAUUGGCACAGCUGGAGUCUAAACAUGAGUUCGUUGUGAAAAUGCGAGAACUAGUCCAGAGCCUUCCGAGAUCUGUGGUUAUUGUAAUGAGAUAUUUAUUUGCAUUUCUGAAUCAUCUUUCAGAGUUCAGCGAUGAGAACAUGAUGGAUCCAUACAACUUGGCAAUUUGCUUUGGUCCCACAUUGGUACCUGUGCCAGAAGAAAAGGAGCAGUACCAAGUACAGUACCAGAAUCAAGUUAACGAACUCAUCAAAAACAUAAUACUUUACCAUGAGGAUAUAUUUCCACUUGAUGGAGGGCCUGUGUAUGAGAAAUUUAUUAGCAAAGAACCAGAUGAAAAUGAUGUUGGUGACUCUCCAUCUGACCAUAUCCCGGAGGACAUGGAUUCUGAAGUGUAUCCUUCAGAGGACGAAUCAGAAUGCAUGGAGGCGACUGCACAGUUUGACUUCAUGGCACGCUCAGAUCGUGAACUGAGCUUCAAGAAAGGAGACCACUUGGUGCUGUUUUCGCAAGUUUCCAAUGACUGGUGGCGUGGCAGCAUAGAUGGUCGUGAAGGACUUGUGCCUGACAAAUAUAUUCUUCUCAAAAUCAGGGAUGAGGACAGAGAGAAACUGGAAGGCACUGGGCUGCGUUCCAGCUCAUCAGAGGAAUCCGUACGGCGGCGAGCGUCCGCCUCUGGGUCUGAGGGCUCUGUGCCGUCAGGCUCAGGGUCGUCACCGUCGCCACUGGCUGCUGUCGCACCGUCAGCAUGGCCACUUCCCCUUGCGGAUACUCCUCAUCAAGAGAUAGUCAACCAGGUGACUCCAGCAGCAGAACAACCUCAGGCCCCUGAAGAAGAAAGUACAGAAAUGAUGGUCCCUGCUGAUGUGCGAUGCCAGUCACCUCUUCCCAAUGUGAUACAGACUCCAGAAACGGAGGAAGCUGGUGCCAGUGACAGUGGAGCAACACAGGAGGCCCCAUUAGCAGCAAGCAGCCCAUCAGUUCCUGUUGCUCCCAGCCUCAGCCCACCAGCUGUUGUUAAUUUUUCGCAGAGCCGCGAGAUUUGGCGCCGCAGGGCUGAAGCGGCUUCUGCCUGUUCACUUACACCUAAGCCUACCCAAGCUCCCUCACCUGUCCCAUCACCGUCACCCGUACCGACACUUCGACAGAAACAGACCCCUGAUCUCGUGAUGGACUUGCCUGACAAGUCACCGUCACCACCCGACGAAAGCAAUCGAAGUACUGGACCGGAAAGUCCAGAUAUGACCACUGCUGCUGAGCGUUUUGCGAAACAGAACCAGUGCACUCUUAAAAAGAACACAAAGGUCAGUAGUGUGGCAUCUGCAUGUCCUGCAGCUGGUACCCAGCAACAAACGGACGCACAGACACAGACACAACGUGCACGUCAGGCUGUGUCUCCUGCAACCAAGCCUGCACCACCACCAUCAAAACCUCAGGUAAAAGUCAAGCCACAAGUCUUGAGAAAGCCAGUUCUGCCAGCAGCACCAGUUCAACCCUCACCAGAACCCAUUCGUAAGGAUAGGCCCACCUCUCAGGAACAACAUGCAGCUGACUGAAGAGGCUGUAGUUACAGUCAGUUGAAUUGGUGCUAAAUUGUUUGCACUAAUACAGGAAUUAUACUAUAGUCAUCCUCAAGAUACAGUAAAGAUGUACCUUCAGAUUUCUUUAAAAAAAAAAAAAAUAAAACUCUUGCUUUGUGAACUUGGAUCCACAGCUGCAGUUAUGGCCAUGUACAGACAAUACUCAACAUAUAUGUACUUUGCAGUGUGUCAUGGUGGCCUUGCCAAUUGGUGGUGCCUGGUACUCCCUCCUUGCUAAAGUAAUAUAGUAGUGACAUUUAUGAUAGUAUAUAUAUAUACACACACACACAUAUAUAUCAUCCUCUGUUAGUCUGAAUAAAAAUGAAAGGAUUGCAGAGGUUAUUUAACAUUUUGUGGCAGUGAAGAUGUUUGUUACAUCAAGAUAUUUUUUAUCCUUAAUGUGUGUAAUGUUAGUGAUGUGGCUGUGCUAGUAUUGUGCUGAAUUUUUGAUGUAUGGCUCUUCAUAAAGCAAUCCCUUUCAUAAGCUUUUAUAACUUCCUUAUUGCUGUCUAACUAUGAGUUUAUUUGUAUUCUCUACCGUUAGUACUUUUCAUCAUUUGCAUCCCUGUCACAUGUACAAAGGAAAGCAAAGGAACUUUUAACUUUAGUGUUACUAUUUCUUAUUCUUACUAUUCUGUGUAGCAUUAAUCUAAUUCAUAUUUUUUGGUACUCUUGCUUUUCACAUUGUUUCUGAUCCUCUUCAUGAUAAUAAGAGAACUUUUACCUUUAAGGUGCCAUAAAUUUCUCUGUCACAAAUAUAAAUGUGUCACAUUGUGCUUGGCUGUUGUAACAAAAUUGUAAGCUGUUCGUAUCCACUAUUUGUAAUAGUACGUACAGUACUUCAAAGCAGUUGUUAACAUUAUAUUAUGAAUGAAAAGUAUGUAAUGGAUAUCAUCAGUAGUUCUUCAGUAUGGGCAUAUUGUGAACUGUCAUUGGUGAAAACCUCUCUGAGAAAAUUUGAUCACUCAUUUGUUUUAAUUCUUGUAUCAACAUAUUUUUCAUCUCAUGCAGAGCUUCUUGCUACUCUAGAUUUUACAACAGAAUGUAGCUUUCUUGGUCUUUCUUUCUUACUAAUUAAUGAAUUUUUUCCAACAUUUCUGUCCUUGUUGGUGGGCGAAAUUCGAUAUUUGUGUUCUGUAUUGAACAAAAUGUGUCUCAUGCUUGAUGUUGUUUGAUAACUAUCAUUUUGUUAUAUUAGAGUUAUUUUAAAAGACUGAACUUUGUAAUAAAUAUAUUCACAUAACUGUGUACAAUAAUGUAUGUGCUGAUUGUAGCAUAAAUGUAGGUUUUCUAUUGACACUGUUAUCUGUGUGUGUGUGUGUGUGUGUGUGUGUGUGUGUGUGUGUGUGUGUCACAUUAGAUAGAAUGACAUAAGCUAUCUACUAUCUACUAUGAACUGACAAAAUGGUACUAUUAAAAUUGUCUGAUUUUACAAUAAGUGUAGAGUUGAUGAUAUGUGAUGUAUUUUUGCAUGUUUAUGAAGAUAGUCACAACUUUGUAGUUCCAUUGAACUGGCUUUUGUUAAAUGAAAUGAUCCAACCUCUAGUUCAGUUUAUAUCAGUAUUAUGUACAAAAAUCGCCUAAGAUCAUGAGGCCUAAGUUGAGCCCCACUUACCUUACAGAUAACUGCUCAAGUGUAUCACAAUUUGCUGUAAAUUUCAGUCAGUGAUAUGAAAAUUUCCGUGAUUUUGUUAAAAUACAGACAUUUGGUUCUGGUAACACUAUUCUCCUAUUGUAAAUGUGAUAAUUGCUCUUAUUCUUUACUUGGAGAGAUUGUUCAUGUACUCAGUAAUACUUGAAUAUGAUGUAAAAAAAUUGAGUCAUUUAUGUAAAUUCUGCUUAUACACAUUCUUUCAUGUGAUACUUAAUAUUUCUGUGUAGAAUAAGUUUUUUUCUGUUACUUGUAAAAAGAUGUUACUGCAACCACUGUGGAAGAAGUUUAGUGCUGAUAUAAAAUAUUUCCAUGAUUUGUCUUAUUGCCAAAUUAUGAAUUUUUGUUCCAGAAAACAUUUGAAAAUUCCUUAAAACUUUAUUUGGUUAGUGCAGAGAGACACCAUGUAUUUUUUCUUUCUUUUUUCUUUUUAUUAUUUAAGAAGUAGUUACCAGAGAUUAAAAAACAUGUUUAUCCCCAAAAUCUUUCAUUGGUUAAGUUUAAUUGUGAAUGAGUGAAUUGUUAACAAUUUUGUUAUAUGAAUUACUUUGUCACCUAAUUUAUACUCAAAUAUAACUGUACAAUAAUCUGUUUCUAAGUAUGCAAAUCUUUCUCUAUGGACUCAACAGCAAUAUGAGAUUAAAUGUGAAAUGAACUAGAUUCUGAAGGGAUUUCACAUUACUUUAAGCUGCUAUUUUUGUGUGUGUAUGGUGCGAUACAUGAUUUCCACUGAAAGAUUUUAUAUGCAGGGAAUUCAUACAGUAUGAAACUUGUAUUACAAUUGCUGGAGGAAUAUGUAUACAUCUAAAUUUAUAUGAACAGUUUCUUAUUUCUGUGUUAUCCAACUGCUGUUAGGAACAGAACAUGGUCAAAAAUAUGUAGCAUAUUACCAUUUUCUCUUCUACCAUAAAAUGUAUUUGCAUGUUACCACUUAAUAAUACCCAUGAGUCCAAGAGGUAGCUUACUUCAUAGGACUGUGUACUAGGAAAGGAUCUAGGAAGAGUUAGUAUACUAUCAGGUGAUAGUACAAAGGCACUUCUGUUAGGAGCUGCAGUGUCAGUUAUUAAUAUUGUUAGCUUGGGGUCAUAGAAGAGAGAGUGAAGUGUUUGGUAUAUAAAUAGAACUGUAAUGGGGCCAGCAGUAAGGCCAUUAAACAUCUACAGGUGAGAUGUGCCACUAUGAUGGAAACAUAAAUAUCUGCCACUCUGAAUCCGAAUCAAUUUUUCUAAUAGAGGAAGAGAGAGAUAAAUAAUAAAAAGAACACAGACCCAUCAUAUUAUGGGUAAAGUAGCCUUUGUCACUUAGUGACAGACAGAGUUCACAUUCAAUGGAAACUGCUUGCCAUUUCAUUUAUUAGUUUCCAGCAUAUGUUCCUGAGAGACAUGAAACAUAGUUUGUUUUGUUGUAGUCGUUAACAAAAGUUCUCAUAGUGUGAAAAGACAGAAAACAGAAGGAAAAACACGUUACGAGUGUAUUUAGGACCUUAAAGAAGAUAUGAAUAUUUUAUGUUACUGUUUUUAAAUUACCAUGAUAAGAAAAAAUUAAAAGAGUUUCCAAAAUAGCUUUCUGUUCACAGACCAGCCUUAUUAUUGUUUGGUAACAGUAUCUCUCUCCAGGUUUUCUUCCCUGUCUAGUCUUUUUACAGAUCAUCAUCAAAAUAUUAUGUUGAAAUAAGGUUCUCUGUUUAGCCUUUUCUACUUACUUCUGAAAGAUAAAGAUUUUUGUCAACUGAUAAUUUGCUGGCACCUAUCAGGUUUUUGAAAAUGGAUUACUUCAUAUCAUUUCAGAGAUUUUCCUUGAAAAUGUGUUAUUGAAAUCUAAGUGACUCAUU